ACUGACGUGCGGGGUAGACUCAGACUGACCCCGCACGUCAGUGCCCCAUAUCCCUGUCCAUGCAGCUGCGCCAGGCGGCAAACCAACCAGCUCUCGUGCGCAGAAAAUCCCGCGCCGUUCCCCACGCGUCACCGUGGUGCGCCGCCCCCUUCCUCUCCCGCUCCCCUCCACCUCGACUACCAAAACACUGAUCCGGUCGCUGAUUCGCUGGUGCUGCUGCAGUUUAGGCUAAACAAAUCACCCAGUUGACGAAGAGGGAGCUGCUGCCGCGGUCCUGGCCCAGCUCGAGAGAAGUCUUUUGGUCUUGGCCUCUUGCUGCCGCUGCCCCCCAAUCGGCGCCGCUUUGCUUCCUGGUUUCCGCAAGGUUCCACACAUCAGCAUCCGAGACUUGGGAUGGAAGGCACGGCGUCUUCUUGGAGCCGCGACUAGGGUGGGAAGGAAAGUUACUUGCUGCCGUCUUCGCGGUCUUUGCGCAGGCAGGGUAGAGCCGGAGAUCAGAGAUCUUGAUGCAGACAAGUCCUUCGGCGUGCAGGUUCUCUCUAAGCGGAAUCCUUGUGUUCUUGAGAGAGAGAGAGAGAGAGAGAGAGAGAGAGAGAGAGAGAGAGAGAGACUCAGAAAGGUAGCGCAGAGGUGAGAUUUGUAACCUGUAAUAAGUGACUUGUGGCGCUGAAGAUCGAAAGUCAGAGAAAUCUUGUGGAUACAAGCUCCACCUCCAAGGAAUGAUAAUGGACCCUCGUCCUCGUGACGAUCCCAACCUCGGUGCUCGAUUGCCCACCCCAAAUCCACCCGCACCUCACAUGAUUAGCUUCUCCCUCCAGCAGCCACAGCUUCAGUUCUUCCCUUCGUAUGGAUUCCACGGCCACAGCCACAGCUCUCCUGUCAGCUCGCAUCCAUCUCCACCCUCGGCCAUGCCUGGCUGCACCACGCCAAGCCCGGCAUCGACAACCACAACCGAGCCAGACAGCGUCGAGGAUUUUUCCGAGACUGUUGCUGACGACGCGGUCCUAGCAUACAUCAACCAGUUCCUUCUUGAAGACGAGGACGAGGAAUCCUAUCCUAUUACCAGCGCGCCUGUGGAGGAUUCAGCACUCCUCGCCGCCGUCGAGAAACCAUUCGUCGACAUCCUCGAGUCUGCCAAGCCUAUCGCAGCACAGGGCUAUGAAGUAAAGUCUUGGAUCACUGAUGACUGUGAUUCUACAGGAAGCGGAAGGUUUCGCGAUGUGGUCACAAGUAGUCUGCCUCGUGAAAUGGUGCGGGAGGGUUUAGUUGGUGCUGCUCAUAAGGGUCAGAAGAACCCGCGUGACGAGGACAUGGAGAUGGAGGGGAGGAAGAGCAAACAGUCGGCACUGUGUGACGAAGAGACUGUCCGGGAGAUGUUUGACAAGGUGCUGUUGUGUACCGACAAGAACUGUGAGUUCCACUCACCAAUGCCAGCCGAUGCACAGAUCAGCGGGGGAUAUGUGAAAGGAUCUAGAAAUAAGCGAGGGCGAAGGAAGGGGAGAUCAGGUUCUGGUGCAGAGGAGGAGCCAGUUGAUCUCACAACCCUACUCAUACAUUGUGCUCAGGCCGCGGCUAUCGACGACCACAGGAACUCAAGCGAGCUGCUGAAACAGAUCAGGAAGCAUUCCUCUGCUACUGGAGAUGCUGGCCAGAGAUUGGCACACUACUUCGCCGAUGGGCUGGAGGCUCGCCUAGCUGGCUCUGGCAGCAGCAUCUACCGUUCGCUUGCUGCAAAGAGAACUUCCACUGGUGAUAUACUGAAGGCGUUCAGUUUGUAUGUCAAAGCAUGUCCGUUUAGGAUACUAUCACACUAUGUCGCAAACACGACCAUCUUAAACGCUACGAAGAGCGCCACAAGGCUGCACAUCAUAGACUACGGGAUAAUGUAUGGUUUCCAGUGGCCAGUCCUCAUGCAGCGGCUCUCAAAGAGACCUGGUGGCCCCCCGUACCUUCGGAUCACUGGUAUAGACUUUCCCCUGUCAGGAUUCCGCCCUGCAGAGCGUGUUGAGGCGACAGGGCGGCGGUUGCAUGAGUAUGCCCGUAUGUUCAAUGUCCCAUUUGAAUACCAAGCCAUUGCUGCCAAGUGGGAUACUAUCCAAGUUAAAGAUCUCAACAUGAAGAGCGAUGAGUUCGUCGUCGUUAACUGCCUCUACCGGAUGAGGAACAUGAUGGACGAGACGGUGACGGAUGACAGCCCGAGAACGCGGGUUUUGAACACAAUCAGAAAGCUGAAUCCCCAUCUGUUCGUUCAUGGGAUCGUCAAUGGUACUUACAAUGCACCCUUCUUCGUGACGCGGUUUAAGGAGGCUAUGUUCUUCUUCUCUUCGAUCUUUGAUAUGCUCGAAGCGAAUGCCUUACGGAUGGAUGAGCAUAGGCUGCUGAUAGAGAGAGAGUUCUUUGGCCGGGAAGCUGUCAAUGUGAUUGCCUGUGAGGGCACAGAGAGGAUUGAAAGGCCAGAGACCUACAAACAAUGGCAGAUGAGAAACCUCAGGGCAGGCUUCCGGCAGUUAGCUCUGGACAGGGAGAUAAUGAAGAGAGCAAGGUACAAGGUAAGCAAGAGCUAUCAGGGGGAUUUCCUCGUGGACGAAGAUAACAAGUGGAUGCUACAAGGUUGGAAGGGUCGUAUCAUAUAUGCACUUUCAGCAUGGACUAGCUAGACUUGUAAAUAUUAGUGAGCUACUGAGCUGCUUAGCUGACCUCUUCCAUUAAUUUCUUGAUUAAUCACCAUUUCAUUUUGCUGUAUUAUGUUUACGUUGUUGAAUCUAGCCCUCUUUUAGAAACCAAAGUUUUGUAUGUUUGAAUUGGCUGCAAUAAUAGAAUCUUGUCCGUGUCUGCCUGACAUAUUUGUGUUAA